ACUGAAAUACUUGUCCAAUUAAAUGCUUGGAUAUUAGAUAUCGUUCGGCAGACAUUGUUUGCCGAAUCGGAUAUGGAUAUUGGACAAUAUCCAAAUAUGUUUGUAUCCAAGAAAUAUUUGCAGACAGUGUCCAUGUACAUCACUACACAUAG